AUGGGGGCCUGCGCUCUCCUGGGUGACGCCAACAUCUCAUCUGGCCUCGAGAGCAACGCCACAGACGUCACUGCCUUCUCCAUGCCCGGCUGGCAGCUGGCUCUGUGGGCCACAGCCUACCUGGCCCUGGUGCUGGUGGCCGUGACGGGCAACGCCACUGUCAUCUGGAUCAUCCUGGCCCACCAGAGGAUGCGCACGGUCACCAACUACUUCAUCGUCAACCUGGCCCUGGCUGACCUGUGCAUGGCCACCUUCAAUGCCACCUUCAACUUCGUCUAUGCCAGCCACAACAUCUGGUACUUCGGCCGCGUCUUCUGCUACUUCCAGAACCUCUUCCCCAUCACAGUCACGUUCGUCAGCAUCUACUCCAUGACAGCCAUCGCCGCUGACAGGUACAUGGCCAUCGUCCAUCCCUUUCAGCCACGGCUCUCCGCCCCCAGCACCAAGGCAGUUAUCGCGGGCAUCUGGCUGGUGGCCCUGGCCCUCGCCUUCCCCCAGUGCUUCUAUUCCACCAUCACCGUGGACCAGGGCGCCACCAAGUGCGUGGUGGCCUGGCCUGAAGACAGCAGGGACAAGUCACUUCUCCAGUACCACCUGGUGGUGAUCGCYCUCAUCUACCUCCUGCCCCUCCUGGUGAUGUUCAUUGCCUACAGCAUCAUUGGCCUCACACUCUGGAGGCGCGCUGUCCCACGACACCAGGUCCACGGUGCCAACCUGCGCCACCUGCAGGCCAAGAAGAAGUUUGUGAAGACCAUGGUGCUGGUGGUGGUGACAUUUGCCAUCUGCUGGCUGCCCUACCACCUCUACUUCAUCCUGGGCAACUUCCGGGAGGACAUCUACUGCCAUAAGUUCAUCCAGCAGGUGUACCUGGCGCUCUUCUGGCUGGCCAUGAGCUCCACCAUGUACAACCCCAUCAUCUACUGCAGCCUCAACCACAGGUUCCGCUCUGGAUUCCGCCUUGCUUUCCGGUGCUGCCCGUGGGUCACUCCAACCGAGGAAGAUAAACUAGAGCUGACUCCCACUCCAUCCCUUUCCAUGAGGGUCAAGAGGUGUCACACGAAAGAGAUUUUGCUCAUGGCCGGGGACGUGGCCCCUUCUGAAGUUCCCAGGGGGAAGGCUGGGUGGAGGUCCCCAAGAGGGGAAGCCUGCUGA